CUGUACCGGUCCUUCUGGGAUUCAGAGGGUAGCCUUCACUGGGGUAUAUUUGACAAGUCGUCCGACGAGUCUCCGGCCGGCGAUUCCGGGAACGUGCGGGCCGGUUUCCUGUCGGCCUGUUCGCGUCUGAACGAGAUAAUGCUGGCCAAUGCGGGCAUCGAUGGGGAUGCUAGGGUGCUGGACCUGGGGUGCGGCAACGGCAACACCGCCAUGUGGCUUAGUCGCGCUACGGGAGCGAAGGUUACCGGGGUAGAUUUGAGUGGGGUUCGCAUUGCCAACGCAAUUGAAUCGCUGCAAAAAUCCCCUGAUCUGGCCAAGACGUUGCAGGAAGCGUACCGGGUAUUGCGGCCGAGCGGUACCAUGGUGUUUGACGACCUGAUCAAACCGAAGCCCGACAUCAGCGACGAGGCGCGUGCCUUUGUUUACGACCGGCUGCUGUUCGAUACCGAUUUCAGCUUCUAUUCCUAUAUGGAUGCUUUGCGCGAAACCGGAUUCCGGGUGCUGGAAGCGCGGGACCUGUCGGCGCACCUGGCUCGCAGCUACGGAUGCCUUUCCGAAAUGGCUGCGUCAGCCGACGAUGCCGCGCGGCAGGAACGCUUUACCGCGCUGUCGGAUGCGUACCUGAAGAUGGUGAACGCCGUGCAGAAUGCCGAACUGGGCUGGGCGCAGUAUCUUUGCGUGAAGUAG